AUGGACGUAUAUACUAGUGUCCCGACAAGAAAACGCCCUAGGAAGAAGGUUGGUAAAAAAUUCAAGCUUAACUUAAAAACCUACCAACGACCACCGAGUAGAGAGCAGGCAAUCAAACGAGAACUGCUGAGGUUGACCGAUUCCGUUCGAAAGAAGUACAGACAACUAAGGAACAAUGCUGAGCAUGUAGAACAAUUGUUGGAAGCCCAAGCCAAACCGCUUAUAAAACCCCUACAAGAGACUUUGGAAACACGUCUGAAUGACUCUUAUAGAUACAUUAAGAAGGAAGAACCGGAAGAUGUAAAAAAAGAAAACAUUUUAAUAGAAAAGAUACAAAAUGAAGAAUGUGAAGCGGAUAAGUCAAUGGAUAUGUCUACACAAACACCUACACCUAGUCAAAUACAAAAAUACCUUAAACGACUUUCCGGCCCCUCAUAUAAGGACAAAAUAGACUCCACAUAUGGAGUUAAACUCGAUGGGAGAGGUAAUAUGACCAUUGGCAGUUUAAGGAUAAAGUUUACCAACUCGCAUGUAAUUGUAAAAGAUCGUAGCUACGAGGCUACACCAGGACUCCUGGAACUUCUUUUCAUGCAGGUUCCCGACAAAGCUUCCAUUACACAACAAGACCUACAGUCUUAUAAGGAGAUACUGCAAGCUUCCAACGCCCAUCGUCAAAUGUAUUCCGCAGAAAAACCUAUAAAUAGCAACAGAGACAAGUUUGGACACUCUUUGUAUCAAGAACAGAAGCGUCACUUAUCUGAUGAUGAAGACGACGAUGCGUAUGUGUUGAGUGAUGAUGGAACCAAGAGGUUCAGAGCUGCAGUGGAUCCUGACGUAUCACGUCAAAAAGUGUCUAAAGCCAGUAUGGAAGCGUCAGUGAAGCGGUCGGCACCAGUUCCGCGUAAAGAUCUUUCGCGAGUGAAACGUAAACGUACUAAAGCUCCGCCUGCUUUACCAGUGCAUAAUGUAAUAUACUCCGAUGUAAAUACUAUGGACAUUGACCAGCUUCUUGCAUCUUUAACUGGUGAGACUCUACAAGACGUAUCUGAUUCCGUACACACAACAGCAGGUGCGGUCGAAACAAAUUACUGGACCCGCGAGUGCAGUCAAAAUGUCAACGCAGUGGAAGAGGAUUACGGUUCAAAGGAUGUGGAAGAGUACCGGCCGGAACAACCGUCAAUUCAGAAAACACCAUCCAACUCGUCAACAACAAAAUCUGCCACACGUGCUAGGUCGAGCCAGGUUUUUCGCCAGAAAGAUCAUCAAAGUAAUCUACAUGCCUCAAUUUUGCCACAACUGCCGCCGCCGCCGCCGCCCCCUCCUCAACAUUCGCAACAACUAUUACCAUCAGCAGCUAAGUUAUCUUCAUUACCAGCCUCAACGUCGUCUUCAGUGUCAUAUACGUCUUCGUCGUCAGCACCGACAACAUCUGUGGCGAGUCACUCUCAUAGUAUACACCAGCCACACAAAGCAGCUGUGCGUUCUGAUCAGCAGCCUAACUCAUGGGAACCGCAUCUUUUACUUAGACAGAUUUAUAAAGUUGCAAACCAGGCUCAUGCAGCUGUUGGUCUCGAUUCAAUUAAAGACUUUUCUCCCUCUAUUUGUUUGGAGAAGGCUCAGAACUCUGUCCAGACUCGAAACACCAAGGUUUAUUCUGUGAGGCUCAUCAUCACCAACUCCUAA